CAGGCCACCUUUGCAGGAUGGCGCCCCAGCUGCUGCCCCUGCUGCUGCUGCUCCUGGCCGGGCCCCCUGCUGCAAGGCCCGCUCCCCCGACCUGCUACUCCAGGAUGCUGACCCUGAGCCGGGAGAUCACCGCUGACUUCCAGAGCCUGCAGGCCACAGAGCCAGCGGAGCCGUGUGUGAGAUACCUGCCCAGGCUGUACCUGGACAUACACAAUUACUGUGUGCUGGCCAAGCUCCGGGAUUUCGCGGGCUCGCCCCAGUGUUGGCGAGUGGCCCAGGUGGAUGCCUUGAAGGACAAAGUACGGAAACUGUACACCAUCAUGAACUCGUUCUGCAGGAGAGAUUUGGUCUUCCUGUCGGAUGACUGCAAUGCCUUGGAAUACCCAAUCCCAGUGACCACGGUCCUGCCAGGUCACCAGAGCUAAGGCAGCCCCCACCAGAGAGAGACCCCCAGGAGCUGAAGUUACGUCGGCUGCCCAGACACACCGGGCUAACGCCAUGGCCCCACAGGUCUCCCUGUUCCUGUAGCAUCUGAAACUGUCACGUGUGUCUCCUCCUUCCGGAGAGCAGGGUUUGUGUCCCCCACCCUGGAACCUACUUUGAACAGAGUUAGAAGCCUUGCCUCUCAUUCCCUUGGUUUUGUCCUGCCAGGAUGGUUAGAUACAUGAGCACAUUUAUUUGGUUGCUAAGAAGAAAAGGGCAAACCAGCUUCUCUUUUAUGAACAACUAGCUUGAGAACAAGCAAAAUAGCAUGUUUGUAGUACUGCUUGAAUGGAGUCAUGGAACCAUUUUUCUUUCUUGUUAGGAACCUGCUUACAUUUAACAAAGCUUCUAUUUUAUACUUUCUCCCACCACAAACUUUCCUUAUAGUACUCUAUCAUUUUUAGAGAAAUUUUACUGCCUAUAAAAUGUAUUUGCAAGGUUCAUAAUUAUGUAGUGCUGAUGGGAACUUUCAUUGAAAGGUGAUAAAAAUCAAAUAAAGACUAUCUUUACAGUAAGAAA